GCUCCUACAGCGCAGUAAAGUUACUGCUUCUCCUUGACAGUCAAGCAGGGGAGCAUUAUUCACCCAGAAAGAGGGAGGUAUCAUAAAACCAGCACUCAGCCACCCUUAGUCAUUGGGACAGACGGGAUUCAUGCAAUUGUGAGUCAUCAAAAGAUACCACUGGGAGGGGAGGUGGGGAAUGCUGAUUUAUUUUUGAUUUAUUUAUUUCAUUAUUGUUAUUUGCAAGUAAAGUGUCCCACUGUGCCAUUCGGAUGACUGCCUAUGAUUCGUUCCCUUUCAGCCAGCCUGCAACAGGAGGGUUUCGGGAGCUUCAAGGAGGAAACAGCUCAUCUGUCAAGCAGAAGAGUACAGAUAACCAUCUCCUCCGCAUUCCUAGCAGGCCCAUAAGCACUGUUUGUUAAAAGGAUUAUAUGCUGGGUCAAGGUGUCACACCUUUACACUUAUUACAGCUUCUUCGGCAACUUGGAAUCAUAAAGUUAGUCAUGGAUGAAAAGACUAAACAUUGAGAAGUGUCAGCCAGAGUGACAGACAGCAAUCUUCUUUCACCUGGGAAGAUUUUUCAAAGUCAAAUAUGAAGAGGACAUAACAAAGAGCAAAGAAUACUCUGCUGUUAUUUGUGCUGCAUCUUUCCAUGAAGAACUUUUAAAGAGUCUGGAAGUUGAUGGCCUUUCUACAACUGCAAUUUUCCUUGUUUUGUAACAAAAAGCAUCUGGCUCUAUGGGUAUUAUUUUAAAAACUAAACAGCAACUAAGAAAGAGCUCUUUAGCUCAGUGUUUAAUAUGGUUUCAAACACCCAGCAAGGUAUGGUAAACUUCAAAGAGACUUCCAUUAUAAUUGCUUUGGAAUUAUUUAUGGGACAAGAAAGGCCUAUGUUUUUCUUCAGAGCAAAUGCAAGAGAAGAAAUGCGGAUUUUCAAAUAUGUUCAUUCGUCUCGGGUUUUGCUUUCUCCUCUGCAUUUAUAAAGCCAGACUAAUAUUUCCAAUUAGUUUCUAUAUCUACAAUGUGGAAAUAAACAGUAUCAAAUAUUUGCUCUUGGCUCUUUCAAAGAAAGGGCAAGGAGAAUCACAAGCACACUGGAUGAACAUUAACCAGCUUUGAUAAUGGGACUGACCUCUGAGAACAUCUCUGACUGCUUCAACUGCACCCAGACUGUGGAGCAAGUAAAUAUUUCCAAGGCCAUAUUAUUAGGAAUCAUCUUUGGAGGGCUGAUUGUUUUUGGGGUCCUGGGCAACAUUGUGGUGAUCCUUUCAGUAGCUUGUCACAAACAUCUGCAAAGUGUAACCCAUUACUACAUUAUCAACUUGGCUGUGGCUGAUCUCCUCUUGACUUCUACUGUUCUCCCCUUUUCUGCUAUUUUGGACAUCCUGGGCUACUGGGCUUUUGGAAGGAUCUUCUGCAACCUCUGGGCAGCUGUUGAUGUUCUGUGCUGCACAGCUUCCAUCAUGAGUCUUUGUGUCAUCUCUAUAGACCGAUAUAUUGGAGUGAGCUACCCACUGAGAUACCCAGCCAUAGUGACCGAAAAAAGAGGCCUCUUGGCUCUGUUGUGUGUGUGGACAUUAUCACUUGUGAUAUCCAUAGCUCCCCUCUUUGGCUGGAGACAACCAGCUCCAGAAGAUGAAAAAAACUGCCAGAUCAACACUGACCCAAGUUACGUCUUAUUUUCUUCUCUUGGGUCCUUUUAUCUCCCCCUGAUCAUCAUACUGGUGAUGUAUUGCCGGGUAUACGUGGUAGCCAGAAGGGAAAGUAAAGGAUUGUCAUGUGGUCUUAAGACUGAGAAGUCCCAUUCAGAAGAAGUGACUCUCCGCAUCCACCGCAAGAACAACACUGAAGCUGCAGGAACUACCUCUACCACCAAGCAGAAGUCCAAUUUUUCUGUAAGGCUUCUAAAGUUCUCUCGGGAGAAGAAAGCAGCCAAAAGCUUGGGAAUAGUUGUGGGAUGUUUCAUCCUGUGUUGGCUUCCUUUCUUUUUAAUCAUGCCAAUUGGUUCUUUCUUUCCUGACAGCAAGCCCUCUGAAACCAUUUUUAAAAUUGCCUUUUGGCUUGGGUAUCUAAACAGCUGCAUCAACCCCAUCAUUUACCCUUGUUCGAGUCAAGAGUUUAAAAAAGCAUUCCAAAAUGUCCUAAGAGCCCAGUGUCUCCACAAGAGGUAUUCCUCCAACAAAUACUCCCUGAGCUUCACCCUCAAUCACCCAAGCAACCAUGUUGCUGAAGCUCCCAAAGAUAUUGUCCGUAUACCUGUUGGCUCUGGAGAACACUUCUAUAAGAUUUCCAAAUCAGAUGGCGUGUGUGAAUGGAAACUUUUUUCAGCCAUGCAAAGCAUGUCAACCAAGAGCAAUGCUCCGAAAGAAAGGUCCAGCUGUUCUACAGCCAAAGUGAAGAGUAAAGGUUUUCUGAGAGAGUGCUGCUGUGCAAACACAUCAGGAGAAAACCCAAAGGACCAGCAAAUACCCACCAUUAAAAUACAUACAGUCUCCAUCAGUGAAAAUGGAGAAGAUGUUUAAAAACCUUCCAUCAUUUUGAUGGGAGUUCUACAGGUUUACAGUGUGUUUUCAUGGUUUUCUGUGCUGGCGGGUUGAACACAAAAGCUCUGCAUCUUCAAUGGGUCACAACAGGAGAGCAAAUGAAGUUCAGAUCAGGUCAACCUCUGUAGAGAUGGAAACCAUGAGAAGGCUUCCAUCCAUGCUAUCCCAUUGGAUUCUAUGGGAAGUAGAACGGGGGCCCUGUGGGGCUGGAUGCCUUUGAAUUAUCCAGAUUUCAUUUCUUAUUCUUUUAAAGGUUUCAUUAUAUCCUGU